GCAGGUGUUUUUGUGUGCGUGCGUGCAGACAGGUCUGUGGAGGGGGCGUGGCUUAUAAACUACCUGCAGCAGGUAAGGUUCGGGUUACCUGCAGCGCUCCAGUCCCUGCUCCGCUUUGGAAGAACAGUGUUUGCUGAUGAGUUUGUUCACUUAUCGCUCAGCCGGUCAGGAGCCCAGAGUCGCAGAGCGGAGAUCAUCCACCUGCAGGUAAAGGUCACAUGAUGUUGAAAUGCCUGGCAUAGACCUGCCCACCUCGGAACGCCACAGCAGCAUCACCCCAAACCCUGCAGGAAGUGGUGUUGUACCCGGAGAUGAAGUGAGUGACACGGAGCACCUCCUGGAUCUGUACCAGUGCCGGCUUCCUGUCCACUCGUCUCCAGUGGAGCUAAAGGAGGAAAUGCAGCGAGUCGACAGCAGCUGGAGCCAAGAUGGAGACCUGCAGGACUGUGGACAGUUGGAGAGGAGAUGGCUGCUCUGGCAUGAGUUUAUGAAGGAGUACGACCACUUGGAUGCUUGGCUGAGAUUGGCCGAGGAGGCCGUCUCUUCCCCAAACUCCGUCCACGUUACCUACCAGACCGCCAAGGAGGAAAUGAAGAAGUUUGAGAGGCUGCGGCGAGAGGCGGGGCCUCGCCUCAUCCAGCUGGACAGCCUGACACGGAGGAAUCGAACACUAACUCGGCUCUUCCAGGGUACCAUGCAGGCUCGGCUGCUGUCAUCGGCGAGGGAGUGCGGCCGCCGCUGGGAUGACGUGAGCGCCAAACUGCAGUCCAUCACAGGCCAACUGCAGCUCUUUGUCUCAGAGUGGGAGGCGUUUGAUGCACAAAGGGAGGAGCUUGCAGUUUGGUUGGCUGACAUGGAUGUCCGCCUGAUCGAGGUUGAGCAGCUGACAGGAAACGCCUGUGAAAAACUGAGACAGCUGCAGUCGUUUCAGGAGUGCGUGUGCGAGAAUUCGGGGCGUGUGAACGCCCUGCUGCAGCGCGGCGAAGCGUUGAUCCAGCACAGUGUGCCUUCUGACGCUCAGCACGUCGAGAGCCAGCUGCUGGAGCUGCUGCAGCAUUGCAGCCACGUCUACAACAACAUUGGACGAACACACACGCGGCUGCUCAGCAUGAGACUGGAAUGGCUUGAUCACACUCAGCUGGGCUUCUCGCCUGUCGCAGACCAAAAGGCAGAAGCUCUGGGCUGCAGGGACCAGUGGAAGACCUCGACUCCCGACCGACAGGACGGCGAGCCGGUUGACUUUGAUGGAGGCCGCGUGCAGGCGUGGCUGAGAGUCCAGAGCGCCGCUUUGCCAGAGAGGAGCACGUCCUGUUCGAAAGAAGUGCAGACUGAUGGGAGGCUGAAGAUGUCGCAGGGUUGCAUGGAUGAAAACCACGCUGAUGCAUCCAGCAGCAGCCAUGGCUGCCACGAUGACACACGGCGGCUUUCACCGUCAGAUCACCUGAAUUUAAAGGCCAGCUCUGAUAGGAUGAGGAACCACUAUCAGUCACAAGCACCGGAGGAAGAGGAGCUGUACUGCUGUGAGGAACCCGAGCGUCUCAUCUCUGAACAAAGUGUUCCCCGUGUGACCUCCAGCAGCAGCAGCGGGGCUGCUUCCUCGCUCUCCCCCACCCUCCUCUGCCUCCUCCUGGCUGCAGCACUGGUUCUGCUGGCCUGUCUGGCCUGGGUCUUCGCGGAGCAGCCAUGUCACCGCAGCAACACGAUGGCCCGUACCUGCCACCUGACACUGAGAUACGUCAACGGACCCCCGCCCACCUGAGUGCCAGUGGAAACGCUUUCUUGUGGCUCUUCAGGACAGAGGUUUGCAGCUCGCUGUGAGCAGUUCAAACAGCAAUAACUUGAAACAAGACCACAAAAACAAUCAGGUCUUCUGCUAGAAGAUGGAAGAAAGUCUGUAUACAAUGAUACACAGGAUGCACCUAAUGUUGGAGAUCUUCUCACUCUGAAGUCUGACUUGCAGGGACCUCACAUUUUGUAAAAAUGAUAUGGGAGAGGUUUAUAUAUCCACGGUGAUGUCCUCAAACUGUGCUAAUGUUAAAAUGCAGCUUACAAACUGACCUCCCCCCUCACUACAUGACGGUAUAUAAUUUUGCCAUUUAUAUCAAAUAUUUGUAGUAUUUUGUGCUUCAUAGUCCACGUCUGCCUGUGACGGUACUUUCCUAAUUCACUUUGUACAGUGUUGCAUGUUUUACAGGAAAAUGCUUCACUUUGAGUGAACAUCAGCAUUUGUGUCCAAGCUCAUGACCGAGAGUGACGUUGACAUUUUUCUAAACCACUUCAGUCUUUAAAGACUUUAAACGGGGCCGGGUUCUAUUUUUUGUGUGUAAUAAGACUUUAAACCAGAAGGUGGCGCACUGAGGUAAAGACGUCCCAAAAAUAGUCGCGCUAAUCCGACUUAUUCUGGAUUCGUUAGAGUUCAUCCUUCAGAAUAGUUAAAAAGAAAAUACGAUUGAAAAGAUGACAGUUUGACGGCAACAAUGAAACCGUCUGCUCAACGUGCUGCCACCUUGUGGUGGAAUAUUUUCAUUACAAUUUAGAAAAAGUACGUUUUGUUAUUUCUAAGGUUUCAGACUUCUGUGAGAAUCAAACUGUAGAGCCCAUCUUUGGCCCUGUUGGUACCUGACAUCCAGCAUCUCUGUUGAUUUCCAAGUUCAGAGCUGUUCUCACGCACUAAAACCUGGUUACUCAGACCAUUUUUGAAGGUGGUCUGGGCGACACUCAAGGACCACCUACACAGCUCACAGCUCUGCUAGUCUACCAAGCUAUGUGGGGCUGGGUUGCAAACCAGGACCCGUGCAGGACUCUGGCAUCUGGUCUUUGCAAACAUAAAGAAAAUGUAGGGAGAGACAUCCUGGAAGAACUGGUCCCCUCAUGUUCUUGGAGCUGUGGAUGCACAUUAAUGAGAGGGGUAAACAGGGCCUGGGGAAGUCAACAUGGCAUCUUUUUAAACCGAGACGAGCUUUGACUGACCGGCAGUCAUGUUCUGCAGAGGUAUGUGAAGCACUCACACAUGUUUUCAGUAUGAAGAGCUGUUUGAUGCCAUGUGUGAGUCUGAGUUCAGCACAGCUUCCUAAAUGUUUGAGGGAAAAGUCAUUUUCUGUUGCUGUCAUGAGCUACAUAAUUAUGAGAUCAUGUGUUUUUAAAGCUUUAAUGUGUUGGCAAAAUAACUGUAAAACUGACGUUUGUAUUGGUCGCCUGCCACCUCAUACAUUUCACUUUUUUUAUACAAGAAUAAUUCUUGAUGUGUUGUUGAAUAUUUGAAAAAAGCCUUUUUGUCCAA